AUGACGCAGCGGUGGCCGUGCGGAGAGCGGCAACUUCCCGCCGCGUCGCUUUCUCCGCACGAGAAUGAGCUUGCCCUGCCAACCCCGACAGGCCCCGAACGAAGUGCUGGUAUCGAUCUCAUCCUCCUCUCCCCCCUCCCCGCCUCCCCUACCAUCAUGCCGCUCGAGACGGAUCCUUUACUGGAGAACGGGGGAUUGUUGUCUUCCCCCGCGCAUCCGCCUCGAUCGCGCGUGUCGCAAUACCUCAGACAGCCUCUCGAUCCGCGCUACGGUGAUCUCCUGCUGCUGUUCUGCUACAUCAUUACCGGAUUGCUAGACAGUUCCGCUGUUUUCAUCUGGGGCUCCUUCGUAAGCAUGCAGACCGGAAACACAGUAUACUUUGGGCUGGGACUCGUCGGCACCGACGACGACCGUUGGAUCAAAUCCGGCGUGUCGAUUGCCGGGUUCUGUUUGGGCUCGCUCUGCUUUGCAGCUUUUCAUCGGGCCUUUGCACCGCGCCAACGCUGGGUCCUUGUUGCGUCCUUUGUGGCUCAGCUUCUUUGCAUCAUGGUGGCAGCCGUCAUCGUCACCAUCUUCCAUUCGUCGCGAAACCAACCGCUCAGCUGGCUGGUGCUCGUCCCCAUUGUCCUCGUGGCAUUCCAGAGCAGCGGACAGGCGGUGACGAGCCGUGUGCUGAAGUAUAAUGGAUUGACGAGUGUGGUUCUCACUAGCGUCUACUGCGAUCUCUUUUCCCACCCGGAUCUGCUCUCACCUAAACUGCUCCGCAAUACCGAACAGAUGCGUCGCACCGGUGCCGUGGUUUGUCUGUUACUCGGCGUCGUGCUUGGUGGUUUCUGGGCUCAUAGCUCAAUUGGCAUGAUGGGUGCCUUGUGGACGGCUGCUUUCCUGAAAGGGCUCAUUAUCAUUGCUUGGUUGUCGUGGAGGAAGGAAUAG